GUGGGAAUAAGAACAUAAAACAAAAAAAGUGCUUGUGUAUGUCGUGUGUUUCAUAUACGAUCAGAAGAAAAACAAAGGGGAAGGGGAAGCCGACAUCCUCACCGGAAAAGAAGGCUGCGAAGCAACACGGAAACCCCCUUUCCCUCCUCUCUAUGGUGCUUGAUGGAGGAUUGAAACCGAGAAAUAGAAGCGAGAGCAGUGGAGAGGGGUGGUCGUCGGGGAUGUUACAGCCGACCAGUAGCGGCGCUGGUGGUCCGGAUGAGGCUGGUGAUGGUUGGACUCCAUUCUUUGACAACCUUAAACCUCGAAUUUCUGUCAUGGAUUCAGUUCAUGGAAGGUCAGGUGAAGCAGAAAUUAUCAUCAGGUAG